AAUGAUGAAACCAUUUCCUGCGUCACCCGUCCACUGCACGUAUACAUCACGAUCCUCCAGAGAUAAAAUAUCCAAGUUACAACUACGCAGACGCCACACGUCCCUCCACAAGUGCGAAGCAACCCCUCAAUUCUUCAAUUUUCAGUGUUGAGCUCAGUAGGGCUGGUAUCCAUCCACCGGCGGUGGUUGAUGCGAUUCACUCUCUCAUUAUAUCAAAAGGGCGUUUGCAGUUCCUCAAACGUGCUCACUCAGUAAUUCACAAAAGAAAAUAUGAUGAGGCCCGCUAGAGCCUCCCUCACUUUCACCAACCGCUCAUCAGAAAUAAUUAUUUCUUCAAACAUUGUGAAAGAAGAAAAUUUGGAUGAACCUUGCCAAUGAAAAUAGUUGCAGUGAGAAUAAUGGUGUUUUCUGACGAACGCGCCUUCGUAUGGUCCUAUCGGCGCGUUUGCGCGCGCGCUCAUAUCCCAUGGCCAUUAUUAUGCGCUUGGGGUCAGUGAGAUAAGUGAGAUCACUCAUUAUUUCAUAGUUGCUCACGUACCGUAAACAGAAACUGGUAUUCGCAAUAAUGAUAAUAAACAGUUGAUUAAAUUGUUGCGAAUGGAAUUCCAGUAUUAUCAAAAAAGUUUUAUUAUUCUAAUUGUCACUACUGGUGGUGGGAUGAUGGUAACCAUCGAUCUUGAUGGCAACUUGUGACCGUAAUACAGUGAUGAGAAAUGUGCUAUCUCGGUCACGAAGAUGCUUGUCGGGUUUUUAUCCACUCGAUAAGACUAAUAUGCCAAUUUACUAUUUAAUCCUCCGAUGAUUCUUUGUGGGACUAAUUUUCAAUGCAAUUUUUUUAAAACUUAUCGACGUAUGCAUAAAUAAAUGUAUCGAUGAGUGAAAGAAAUGCGGGAGCGUACGAAUGAUAAAUUUAAUUGAGUACUAGAGGUACUCAGUAUUCAGGUGCAUUACAUACAGAAGUUGCAGUCAUGGUCGACCUUGGAGGAUACAUUAUCAUUCUGAUGAAUGAUAAUGGCAAGAUCAAACUGUAUGGAUCAUCUGCGGAUAAUGCUGAUUACCCAGAAUUGGGGGAUGAAAUUUUGGAAGUCAAUGGCCGGACACUAGAAAAUGCAACUGAUUCCGAAGUCAGUCAGCACAUUCUUCAGUGCAUCAAAUCGGGGACAAUAAGCCUGCAAGUAACACGACGAACGGGCAACAAAAUUAAAGAAUUGGACGGACCAAAUGCAGAGAGAAUACGAGAUGCCUGGGUAAUUGCACUGGAGAGGGGUGCUCGAGAGCGACUACAGAAAUUGCCGGGACUAAAAAAAAUUCAACCCAGAGAUAUUCAGGCAAUACUCCAUCAACAGAUAAACGAGGGCUCAGCCUCUACGAGUACGGGUGAAACCCCCGAAAAAGACGUGACCAACAGCCACAUCACUGUUACGUUGGCAGAUGGUCAACACGGAAAUCGUAAUAUUCCGGUCAAGUUGAGCAACGGGACAGUGCGAAAGGGUUUUUCCAAGGACGAGAUAGAAUCAAAAGAACGAAAAGAGAUCUUGGAAAAACAAAAGAGCUAUCCCGAAGAGCAAAAGCUUCAGCCAAGAGCGACAAUUAAUAGGAUCAGUGAGCGACGAGCCAGCAGUCCAUUUCAGAAUGGCAGAACUGAAGUCCUAAUUGGGGAACCCGAAGGGGGGCCUAGGUCACCCAGGGGAUCAACUUCAUCGGCCAUUAACGAUGGCAAUUCUUUGAAUUUUCCUAGAGAAAUUGAUAAUCCAGAACCAAUUUGGAGGUCUAGAAGACGCAGCAAUAGUGGCGUGACAGACAUUCACUUACAGCAGGCUCAGGUGCAUGAUAACAAUAACGGUGUUAAUCAGACCAAAGAGUCCCGUGACAAUACAGGCGUCCCCGAUGAGAUGUGGACCCCGGGCCUGAUCCCGGGCCACCAUCGGGAAUUGCCAGUGGAUGUCCCCGACACUCUCCUUCAGCAGGCAUACGCCAACAAGACUGGCUUGAAUGGUGUUAAGCCCGCAAUUCCUCCCCGUGAUCAGAAAAGGGCUCCCGCGAGACCGCCGAAAGAUAAUGUGAGAAUAUCCAAUCGCAAUAAUAACAUCGAGAUUAAUGAGAAUAUCAACACGACUAACGAUUCCAUACAGCAGCCUCAGCCGACGCCUCAACAAUUGCACUCAAUUAAAAAAUACCAGGAGCAAUUACGACAGAGAAAAGAUCAUGAAGAGCGUCAGGAAUAUCUUCAUCAAUCGAUACGCGGUUCCAAGAAGCUUCACGCCCUUGAGAGUCACACCACGAGUCUCGCAGGCCAAGAGAACUUUGCUUAUACUCAGGAUGAAAUAGCGCCACCUACUCCAACGGCUGAUCGGAAGCGUCACUCUGCUUCACCUAAAGAAGAAGAAUCCUUAACAACAUUAACUUAUGGAGAAGUUGUGGCAACACUCGAGAGGCUACAAAUGCAAUUGAAGAAUCUGUCAGGGGCUCUUGGCAUAUCAGGCCCUGGAGUUGAGGCGGAGUUGGACGCAGUUCGAACAUUUUUAAUACAAAGGAAAUUCGCAACUGCUCUGAGUACUCAUCAGGUACUCAGAUCUAGGUGGAGAGCUGAUAAAUUGCCCAGGCAUUAUGAUGAUGAUGCUUCCAAUUUGGCGCGUGACUGUGUCGAGGCCCUGGAGGAAUGGCAGUCAUCAAACGUAAAGUCAAGCGAGUAUGUAGCUCUCGUCGAAGAGCUGACAGGAUUAUUGACGAGCUACGAAAUGGAGGGUUUAUUGCUAUCACAUGACUCAGUGAUAUCAUACGUUGAUGGAAUGCAACGUAAGCAGAGUCCGUCUUCCUCAUCUCCCAGUGAAACACCAAGUCUUUCAUCUAGUUACCGAGAUUCGAGAAAUACAGAGAAUAUCAAGAUAAUUAAAAUUGAAAAGACCAAUGAGCCACUCGGUGCUACAGUUAGGAAUGAAGGGGAUGCCGUCAUAAUUGGGAGGGUUGUUCGGGGUGGUGCUGCAGAGAAAUCCGGUCUCUUUCACGAAGGAGAUGAAGUUCUCGAGGUUAAUGGUGUAGAAAUGAGGGGCAAGAGUGUCAACGAAGUCUGCGAUAUUCUCGCAGGAAUGCAAGGGAGUUUAACCUUUCUCGUCUUACCAGCUUCCAAUAACUAUCGAAAUAAUAUUGCAAAUACUGCAAAAGAUGAGAAUGGCCAGAUACAUCAUGUGAGAGCUCAUUUCGACUAUGAUCCAGAAGAGGAUCCUUAUAUACCUUGUCGAGAGCUUGGUGUAAGCUUUCAGAAGGGCGAUGUUCUCCAUGUCAUAUCGCAGGAGGAUUCCAAUUGGUGGCAGGCUUACCGGGAGGGUGAGGAAGAUCAGACUCUAGCGGGUCUAAUCCCAAGUAAAGCCUUUCAACAUCAACGAGAAUCUAUGAAGCAGACAAUAGCAGGAGGUAAGACUACAGUUAGGGGAGGAAAAAAAUCGAGUACGUUAUUGUGUACGAGAAAAAAUCCAAAGAAGAAAAAGAAACGAAGUAAAUUUGGGUGUAAUUUGAAUGAAGAUGGUUAUCCACUGUACUCAACGUCGACAAUGGACGAUUACGACACCGAGGAGGUAUUAACAUAUGAAGAGGUGGCCCUCUACUAUCCACGUGCAAGUCAUAAAAGACCAAUUGUUUUGAUAGGGCCUCCGAAUAUCGGGAGACAUGAGCUGCGCCAACGUCUGAUGCAGGAUAGUGAACGUUUUGCUGCAGCCAUACCACACACAUCUAGACCAAGAAAAGGUUCCGAAGUUGAUGGUCAAGACUACCACUUCAUCUCCCGAUCGCAAUUUGAGUCUGAUAUUCUAUGCAGAAAAUUUGUGGAACAUGGAGAAUAUGAGAAAGCAUACUAUGGUACAUCAGUCGAGGCAAUUCGAACAGUCGUGAAUUCAGGCAAAAUUUGUGUUCUAAAUCUUCACCCGCAGAGUUUAAAAAUUCUUCGCAAUUCUGAUCUGAAGCCUUACGUGGUAUUCGUAGCUCCACCGAGUCUUGAAAAAUUACGUCAGAAACGGCUCAAGAAUAAUGAGAGUUUCAAGGAAGAAGAACUCAAGGAUAUAAUCGAAAAGGCGAGGGAAAUGGAGGACAAGUAUGGACAUCUUUUCGACAUGAUUAUUAUUAAUAAUGAUACUGAUCGCGCUUACAAUCAAUUACUCACGGAGAUAAAUUCAUUGGAACGAGAGCCUCAAUGGGUUCCAGCUACGUGGGUUCAGUGAUAACAGAUUAGCUAUCAUGAAAUGAUAAAAUUCCCAUAGAAAUAGACCAUCAAGAUUCUCUACUUUAGAUCAUUUAUGAGUGCUUCUACUUUAUUUAUAGAGAAUAAAAUAUUGAUGGAGCUGGGACAAUAUGGGCAUUAGAUUUUUUUCUGAUUAUACGAGAAAAACAAAUGGAUUUUUUUUUUGUUUCUAUAUAAAAUCAUCACAGAGAUACGAUUUUAUUUCAUUUUCGACUAAUUUUUCGAUUUUUUUUUUAUGAAUUCAAAGGAAAAAAAUAAAACUUAUAAAAUUACAAAGUAAAAGUGCAUAAUUGUUAACAAAAUAUAAUGCGAAAAAGAAAAUAUAAUUUAUUAUCAGAAUUGCAAUAUAAUUUUUUUGUACUUGAAAACAUUCAAUUAUUUUUGAGAUGUACACAUUAGAAUGAAAAUCAAUUGUCUAUUUUGCACCAACUCAUCUGAGUUAUCAUCACCAUUGGAGAUCUAAAUCUCGAAAGUUUGGUGGGAUGUGCGCCGCAAAAAAUACACAGACUCAUGGUAAUGAUAUUUAUAUCCUAUAUAUAUAUAUAUAUAUGUUGAGAUAGAUUAGAGAUGAUAACAAAUUGGAAAUGUGUACAGACGAUUAUUGAUACUAACGAUUUGGAAUUAGACAGUUGCGAGGUUCAUGCGGAUAUAUUUUAUACAUGUACGUAUGUCAGUGACAAAUAAUGAGGGAGGGGGGGGGGGAGCUGUAUUGAAAUGUAAUGCUGUUGGCAGAGAUAAAUGGUUCAGUUUUAGUUUUUCCUGGAAAUUCAAUAUAUUCAUUUUACAAGCUGUAUUGGUGGGAGAAAUUUCUAUUAUUAAUUGAGUAUAAUUGACUAUAUACAGCCAUUACAAUCAGUGAUUAAAGAAAAACAGUAUGAAUCGAUAUAAAUAGAAUACAUUCAAGUGCUGAAACUGAAACAUUUAUCUUGAAUUUCAGUCUGUCCAAAAAUAGAAUAGUUUUUCUCAAUUAAUACUAAUUUCCAACAAAUUAUUGUUAUCGUAAUUUCUAUAAUUUCAAUUUUUAGGGUCAAAAUAAAAAAAACAUCAACUUUGUAAAUAAGUGAAUAAUUGUAUAGAUAAAAAAAUCGAAAUAGAAUCGAACACAAUAAAAGGAAGAGAAAUUAUUUAUUCGAAAAGUAUGAAUAAUCACGCAAUAAAUCAUAAACAGUAACAGGAAUGGAAACUGGCUCUAAAACACCUUCACAAUGUCCAAUCAUCAAUCAAUUAACACCCUGUUAUUAUUGUUGUAUUAUGUUGUUGUUGUUGUUGUUGUUCUUGUUGUUGUUGUUGUUGUUGUUGCUGCUGCUGCUGUUGUUGUUGUUCUUGUUGUUAUUGAUGUUAUUGUAUCUUGACCUAGAGUGCCGUUAUCAACCGAAAAAAUCACAAUGAAAAUAAUCAUACUGGAAAACGGACUUGAGAAUUAUUUCUUCAUUGAUCUCCAUGAGUCUCAAGAACUAAUAAGCUAAUCUAAUUGUUUUCUUUAUUGAAGAUUAAUACUCAGUUUUUGAGUGGCAGUUAUCAAGAUAAAUUUAAAAAGUGUCUUAGAUGGCCGUGAUGAUGAUGAUAAUGAUGAUGAUGAUGAUGAUGAUGAUGUGUACAUUGUAUCUAUGGAGUGCAGGUAGAACAUACAUUCACACACAUAAACGCGCAGCCACACAUACGUACAUGUUUUAUCUGACUAAAAAAUUGCAGGGAAAAAGAGUAAAUUUUCAGAUACAAUUACCUCAAAUUUUAUUAAAAUUCCGUACAAUUUUUGUUUGCAUUCAUAAGCAUCAAAGUUUAAAGGUUUAAAGUUUUUAAAUUCAAGUAGCAGUUUGAAAGUCUUAUGAAAAAGUAGAAUAAGGUGGUAAGAAAGAAGGAUUGUUUUGUAAAAAAUUCUAAUCAUUUUCUAGCAAAGCUUGAGGGAGCUUGGUAAUGAGUUAGUAAUCUUUUAAGGUUAAUACUAUAAUUGUGAAAAUUGUAAAAACCUGAAAUCUAGUUAUUUCUCCCUGUAAACAUGGAAUAAAUCGCCAACCAUGAUAAAGAUGCUCUGUUUGCAUGUACCUCGCACCGGUGUUGCGGUGUUGCGAAACCUUCAUCCUUUAUCAUCAACAAUUGCAACAUGGUAGUUGAGAAGCAUUAAGUGAAAAUAAAUAUAUUAGAUGAAGUUGCACUUACAAGUAAUUAAAAAAUGAGAACUAUAAGGUUCACAACAGAAGUUGUAUUCAUAUCGCCGGAGUAGAAUCAGAAAAGUGCACGUGUACUUCCAAAAUUAAUUGUACGAAAAAAUGUUGAUCAAUCCUCUUGAAUUUUCAUUGAACUCUCUCUUCUUUUUUUGUUCCUGUUGUCAUCGGUGAAAAAUAAUAUAUACGAAAAAUAAUGGGUAAUCAAAUGAUUUCUACAUAGCAAUGGUAUGUCGUAAAUGUUCUCUCUUUUUUUUUAAUUUAUGAAAUGUAAGCAUUGAUUUCUCCAAAUUCCCCUGGGGAAAGGUUGAAUCAUAGGGAAUGAUGCAAUUAUGCCGAUUUAAAAAAUUCCAUGUCAUGUAAAGAAAAUUCACAGUAGACUGUAGAAAUAUUCAAUAAAAUGGGUUGAACAGGCAUAGAAUUCCUAAUACAAGUUGAAUAGAAAUCGUUAGAAAGUUUGUCAAUUGAAUUUUUCUUAGUGUCAUUCCGAGUUUGUGAUCAUUUCUAGGACUAACUGAGGAUGUAUGAGAUUAGAAAAUGGUGUCAGUGAAUUUUCAUAAGUUCUUGGUGUUGAAAAAAAGUGAGAAAUUGAAGCGAUUGAAUCAAACUAGGAAAUGAGAUAGAAAUUGUGGAUGAUAAUGCAGCGAUGAUACACUUGGCGAACUCUUUCUAUAUAUGGAGUGAAAAACAGUGAAUGGGGGAUAAUUAUAAGGCGUGUCACAUUUUGUUUAAUGAGCAAUUUUCUUGUACAUGAGCAUAAGAAUUUGAGUACCGUGCCAAAGUUUCAUAAUCACCACUAUCUCCUUUUGUUGCAUAUACCGUUGAAUAAAUGAAUGAUACCAUUAUAA